GGAUGCUUUUAUGAAGUUAUCUAAGUGAAUAUUACUGCAUGAAAAAUGAAUCUGGAAUUGAAUUGAGAAAGACAAAAAAAUGUAAUGAAUUGAGGACAUUAUCUCACAUCUUUACAUUUGCUGCAAUAGAAAAGGUUUGAGGCGAUAACUGAAAAGGCAAAGCCAAGAGGCUGACAAACGUCAAGGUGCAUCUGGGAGAUUAGCUCUAGACUUAACCAAGAGGAAAAGUUGCAUCACAAGAACUCAUGAUGGUCACCAAAAUUAAAGGGCUGGCUCUUUUGGUCUCGAUAGUCGUCCUACAGAUAACCAAGGGAAAAAAAUCAAAAUUUAAUGAGGGUUCUUUGGAUGUUCGCAGUGGAACAAAGUUAAUGAUAAACACUACCUCACUUACUGCCACUCUAGAGGGUAAAAGUAUUGUUCUUGGUAAUCGUACAGGCAUAGCAGUCUUCGAUGGUGUUGAAUAUCGAAACCAUGUGGUAGAGCUGAAGUACAUGGGAAAUAUUACUUUCCACAAGAAUUCUGAAAUAAUCAUUGAAGGCACGCAACCCUUAUCCAUCCAAAGUAGCUAUGGUAACAUCACCAUAGCAACUAACUUAUCAGUGACGUGUAAGGAAAAGCCUUAUGCGGGUGAUACAUGUCUAGGAGGGUACAUGCUCAACUACACAAAACCCAAAGAUUGUAAAAACAUUUUUAGAGGUCUCGGCCCGGGAGGAAACAAAAAUUCAUGGUGUACACAAGAUAGUGUAAUAAGAUCUAAAUGUAAUGGCGGUGCUGGCCACGGUGGUUUCGGGCAAAUUGAUAUUUCACACAAAGAGCAUAACAUAGGGCAAUCAUAUGGAAAAACGGAUUUCAAAUAUGUUAUUGGUGGAAGCGCAGGUAACACUGAUUCCAAAAAAACGUAUUUAUCUGGAGGCGGAGCCAUAGAAAUUAAGGCAGUAAAAGGAAUUAUCUUUAUAGAUGCAAUGAUCGAUGCAAGGGCUAGAGUUAUGGGAAACACAACUUUACAAAAAUUUAGCGGAAGCUCUGGGGGACUCAUCCGACUCAAGGCCGUCAAGGUGGAAAUGACAAGAAAGGCAUCUCUAAACGUUGAUGGUAGUAAUGGGAGCAAUUACACACUUCAAAAAGGUGGAGAUGCAGGUAACGGUGGAGGAGGUGGAGGUGUUAUCCAAGUCAAUGCAUCACAAGCGCAGUUGUAUAACUUGUCACUCAAAGCAGGAAGUACAUAUGGGUGUCGUUUCCCUAGAUCCUCAUCUCCAGGAUGCUUUGUAUUCAUGAAAGACCCAUCAGAGAUAAACAAAACCAAAGAAUGUAAAGACUUCAUACCGUUUUAUGGAUGGCCAGAAACUCUACCGUCGAUAGACGAGCAGCUGGUCAGUGUACUUGAGCAGUUGGGCACUGUAAAGGCGGAAUUUGAAGAAAACUUCAGCAACAUCUCUGACAUAUUCGCUCUUCUGAAGCAGCUGGAAAACAUUACGAGCCAGAACAUUCUCACGGAACCUUAUCUCUUAAAAGUCUUGAAAAUAUUUGAGCGUUUUAAGGAUAUUCUCAAUAUCACAACUCCUCGACUUCUUGAGAGGGCGAAGGAAGCCUUUGGUGCUCUUUUAAAAGUUGCAACAUUUAUUAUAUCCUCUCGUAACCAACAGAACUGGAAAACAACAAGAAAGCUACCGACCUUUGUAACAACAUUGGAAGAGAUGGGAGAGAGUAUUGCUAACCACACGACUGAGCACCACUACAACACAAGCUUGAUAGCUUUCCAAUCCAUUUCACUAGAAGCCGGACCAACAAACUAUAUUCUUCCUGUCCAUUCAAAGCUACCAAAAGAUUUUAUUUCAACUGAAGAAGCGUUUGUUAAUGUGCCAAGUAAAGCACUUCCCGAAUCACCAAGAAAUUUUAAGGCUAUUGUUUUAAUUUUUAAAAACAUUCAAGAUGGGUUACCUGAGUCAAAUAAAGACAACAGGACUGAUCCUUAUAAAGUUGUAACACUUCUGACAUCUUACAGUCUCUUUUCCAAUGGACGUAAUAUAAAAAAUCUGAGAUCACCUGCGCUCUUACACUUCAGGCUGUAUAAGCAAGGGACGAAUAUCAAGUGCUCAUUCUGGAACACGACCAGCGAUUCGUGGGACAGCGAUGGGCUUUCAACUCAUUGGACCAACACCUCCAAUACAGUCUGCUCUACAACACACUUAACAAGUUUUGCAGUUCUUAUGCAGUUCACACCGACAACGGUGACUGAAUUGGAGGAGCUGUCCCUCUCUCUGAUAACAUACAUUGGAUGCUCACUUUCCUGCUUUGGAUUUCUGAUUACACUUCUCUGUUUAAUCUUCAUGAAAUCUUUGUCUUCAGAAAGACAUCGAAUCCACCUCAAUCUGGUAAUCGCACUGAUGUUGGCUCAGGUUGUGUUCCUGUCUGGAGUAAAAGCCACAGAAAUAAAGUUACUCUGUCAGUUCAUCGCAGGCACAUUACAUUAUCUGUUCUUGGCAUCGUUUAUUUGGAUGCUCCUUGAAGGUGUCCAUCUCUAUCUCAAAGUUGUCAGAGUCUUUGGAGUCGAGAAUGUCAAGAUAAGAUACUACUGCAUCAUUGGAUGGGGUAUACCAGUUUUGAUCAUUCUUAUUCCAGCCGUCCUCAAACCAGGAAGCUAUGGCACCAAAAAUCUCUGCUGGUUGUCUCUUGAAGAUGGAUUCGUAUGGGCUUUUAUCGCUCCAGUACUGGCAAUAAUAGCA